UGAAAGACUUCUCUGUGGCACCAGGUAAUAUAUUUUAACCAAUUUUAACUGUCUAACAAUAAGCUUGAAUAAGCCACAGACGCCACUGCCUGCCUGCCACCACCGGAAACUUUUGGAAUUUUGGGACGGAAAUAGAGGAUGCGUAUGUACAUCCGGAUUUAUGUAAAGGGGCCUUAAAGAAUUUUGGCGGUACGCUGGCCUACGGUCUACGCGCGUUCCUGACCUAUGUAAUACCAAUACCUGAUUCUUUCUUUCCCGCCUGUUGACCUGUUCGCAAGCGUCCUCCUCGCCGGCUACGAUCCUUCAUUUCAUAUGCGGUCUACUGUACAAAGAUCCAAUGAAUUUACAUUUUUCGAGGAGUGAUUAUUAAUUCAACGAAGGAGACUGACUUUAUUCAACAUGUAUUCUUCGGUCGAAUCGAACCUUGAAACUUCUCAAAUUGAAGAACAAAGUAACGAUGAAAUUGGCGCGAAUGGGCAAGAUAGUAACACUAUUGUUAAAGAAGAAAACAAAGAUGUGACUGAAUCUGUACUGCUUCAAGAGAACAGUAAGAGUGGGAGGAACCUACGCAGUAGAAAGAACAUUAGUUUGCAACCAUCUUCUAGUACGAAUAAUCGAGGUGCGAUUAAAGGUAAAUUACCCAAAAGAAAGAGACAACCAAAGAAAACUACAAAGAGAAAGAACAAGGAAACCGACGAAUUAGAAAUAAAGAUACCUAUGUUAUCAAACGACGAAACAACAUGUGACAAUAGAUCUGCAUUAGAAUCGAAAGAAAUUCAAUUAGAUUCGGUCGACGGAUCGGAUGAAAAUGUAUUGAAAAAGACGAAGACUGAAAAUUAUGACACGACGAAUGUAGGGAAAAUCGGAGUGUCGCGUUUGAAGUCUAAUAAUCUUCAACAGAAAUGUGAAUAUUGUCGGCAGAGCUUAUCGAGCGACGAUUUGAAAAUAUAUCCAGGUCAUCCGAACGGUGCCGUGGAAGAAUUCAUCGCAUUGACGGAUCCCAGAUUGUCUCUGUUCACUGGGGAGGAAGACAUGGUCGACGAAAGCGAUGAAAGGCCACAGAACAAGUUAACACACUUCAGUGUUUACGAUAAAAAUGGACACCUUUGUCAUUUUGAUGCUGGACUGAUAGAGAAAAACGUAAUUCUACACUUUUCUGGUUACAUGAAGCCUAUAUACGAAGAGAAUCCAUGUCCAGAAGGCGGUGUGCCCACCAAAGACAUGGGUCCGAUAAACGAAUGGUGGAUGUCGGGGUAUGACGGUGGGGAACUGGCUAUUGUUGGGUUCACAACAGCAUACGGAGAAUAUAUACUGAUGGAACCCUCGGAAGCGUAUGCCCCGUUCAUGGAUUCUGUAAAGGAGAAGAUUUAUAUGAGCAAAAUUGUCAUCGAGUUCCUAUUAGAUGAAGUUAAUCCAACGUACGAGGAUUUGUUGAACAAACUACAGACCAUAGUGCCACCGAAGGGAUUAUCCAGAUUUACAGAAGACUCCUUGUUACGACACGCACAGUUCAUCUGCGAGCAAGUCAUUUCUUUCGAUUCAGCCGCAAGACCGGAAGAUCCUCUUUUAAUUACGACCUCGUGUAUGCGAGCAUUGGUCACGCUCGCUGGGGUCACGUUGAACAAAAGGAUAGAACUGCGUAGACCGGCAGCUGGGAACCAGAAGUCUAAGAAAGUUCUGUGGACCAAGGCUACGACCACGAAACUGGUCAAUAAUAUGUUUGAAACAUUCUUCUCUGACCAGAUAGCCACGUAUAAUGAGAAAGAAAUAUUGAGGCCUAAAAGACAGAGGUGCGGAGUUUGCGAGAUCUGUCAACAACCUGAUUGUGGACAGUGUUCGGCUUGCAAGGAUAUGAUUAAGUUCGGUGGAUCUGGGAGGAGUAAACAAGCUUGCAACGGGAGAAGAUGUCCAAAUAUGGCUAUACAAGAAGCUGACGAUUCCGACCAAGACGACGAUGACGUGAACGAUACGUUAAUGGGUGAUACGAAGAUUACCCAAAAGAUGAUAUUGAAAGAGUUCAAGCAUGUGGAUAAAGAAAUAACAUGGGUGGGACAACAGAUUUUAAAUGACGGACGACGAACGUUUUAUAAUUCUGUUAUGCUCGUAGACGAAGAGAUACGAGCGAAUGAUUAUGUUCUAAUCGAAUCCAGCGACCCUACUGUGCCAUUGCAAGUGGCAAAAGUCAUGUACAUGUGGGAGGACAAAAGCGGAGCGAAACUGUGCCACGCUAACUGGUUCAGAAGAGGUAGCGACACAGUGUUGGGUGAAACUUCUGAUCCGUUUGAACUUUUCUUACUCGACGAGUGCGAUAACGUACCGUUCGCGUCGAUCAAAUCGAAAGCCCGAGUCAUAUAUAAGAAAAGUCCAGAUAACUGGCACGAAUUAGGAAAUGCGGACGUGUUACCAGAGGAUGAGAUUGAAAAUAAAGAUUCCCGGACGUUCUUUUAUCAAAAGAAAUAUACUCCGGAGACGGCUCGCUUCGAAGAUCCUCCUUUGGAUCCUGAAUGCCCGCGGAAAGAGAUUAACCAUAGAUUUUGUCCUGCAUGCGUAAGAUUUACCGAUCUGCAAUGUUACUAUACGCCGAGGGUAUUCGAGAAGCAGGAAGAGAAGAGCAGUACAGAAGUAACGUAUGGUAUGGUAAAAUUCAAAGGUGAAGAAUACCGAGUUGGCUCUGCUGUGUACUUAAAACCAACGGCUAUAAAGUACACGUAUACGUCUACGUACCAUCUUGUCCGGAAAGUAAAAAAGGGGAAGGUGGACGAAGAUAUGUAUCCGGAAUAUUAUCGGAAAUCGUCGGAUCACGUGAAAGGUUCGAAUCACGAUACACCGGAACCGUUUCAUAUUGGAUACAUAAACUCGAUUUACGCGAAAACUAAGAAUCAGUUGGUUGCUUCCUCUGAUAUAUGGAUCAGAAUAAACAAGAUGUACCGGCCGGAGAAUACACACAAAGGACUUACGUUGAUGCAACAGGUCGACUUAAACAUGGUCUAUUGGAGCGAUGAAGUUUGUAAUGUUAAAUUUGCGGACGUGGCGGGAAAGUGUUAUUUAAUUUAUUCGGAUAAUUUGGAUCAGUCCGUGGAGGAAUGGACAGCCGCGGGACCACAUCGAUUCUAUUUUACUCAAGCGUACGACGCGUCGGAGAAGACGUUCGUAGACCCGCCGUAUAAUGCGACGAAUAUUGGGAAAUCGGAGGUCGGAAAAGGCAAGGGGAAAGCGAAAUGCAAGAGUAAAAGAUCUCAGACUGAUGAUAAGAAAGUGGUUGACAGGCCUGUAGAUUAUUGUACCGUGCCGAGGAAACUGAGAACGCUGGACGUUUUCGCUGGUUGUGGUGGAUUAUCCGAAGGAUUAAAACGAGCUGGUAUUACCGACAAUCGAUGGGCGAUUGAAAACGAUGAAACGGCCGCAUGUGCUUACCGUCUUAACAAUCCUGACACGACGGUAUUUUGUGAAGACUGUAAUGUACUUUUGCGAAAAGUACUGAAGGGUGAUACUUGCGAUAAUAGCAACCAACGCUUACCGCAGAAGGGAGACGUAGAGUUACUUUGCGGCGGGCCACCUUGCCAAGGCUUCAGCGGGAUGAACCGUUUUAAUUCGCGCCAGUAUUCGUUGUUUAAGAAUUCCUUAGUAGUAUCGUGUUUAUCCUACUGCGAUUAUUACAGACCAAAGUUUUUUGUUAUGGAGAACGUCCGAAAUUUUGUAUCUUUUAAAAAGAGCAUGGUACUGAAAUUAACAUUGAGAUGUCUUGUACGAAUGGGUUACCAAUGUACGUUUGGAAUAUUACAAGCCGGGAAUUAUGGUGUUCCGCAAACGAGAAGAAGAUUAAUAAUACUGGCAGCAGCGCCCGGAGAGGUCCUUCCGAAAUAUCCCGAACCGACCCACGUAUUUAAUAAACGAGCAGGUCAACUAAGCGUCAUGGUCGAUAAUAAAAAAUAUUCGUCGAACUGCGAUUGGACGGAGUCGGCACCGUACAGGACGAUCAGUGUUCGUGACGCGAUGUGCGAUUUGCCUACUAUUCGUAACGGAUGGAAUCACGAAGAGAUGUCAUACGGCGAGGAGCCGAUAUCUCAUUUUCAACGCCAGAUAAGACCUAGAGAAUCUGAUGCAGUAUUGAGAGAUCAUAUUUGCAAAGACAUGGCUCCGUUGGUUGAAGCUCGAAUAGCGCACAUUCCCACUGCCUGCGGAUCUGACUGGCGCGACUUACCAAAUAUCGCGAUACGUCUGAGCGACGGAACGUAUUCAAAAAAAUUGGAAUAUAUGCAUCAUGAUAAGAAAGCGGGUAAAAGUUCCACCGGAGCAUUGCGCGGCGUGUGCUGUUGCUGUACGGGUAAACCGUGCGAUCCUAUGGACAGGCAGUACAACACGUUGAUCCCAUGGUGUUUACCGCACACUGGGAGACGUCAUAAUCAUUGGGCGGGCUUGUACGGCAGAUUGGAGUGGGGUGGAUAUUUCGGGACUACAAUUACAAAUCCAGAACCUAUGGGCAAACAAGGUAGAGUUCUUCAUCCCGAGCAAACUAGAGUCGUAAGUGUCCGCGAAUGUGCCAGGUCGCAAGGCUUCCCGGAUUCUUUCCGCUUCUACGGCAAUGUUCUUGAGAAACAUCGACAAAUCGGCAAUGCGGUACCUCCACCUCUGGGCGCUGCGUUGGGUUUAGAAAUUAGGAAAUGUUUAAAAAUCAAUAACACUGAACAUUUGAACGGGACGGAAGAUCUCAAGCGUUCGUAGAAUCAUUAUAUGAGCCGUUUAUUUUGAAAGAGCCCAAGUCCAUUCAAUAGUAUAUUGUGCACCAAGGGCGUAAAGUGGUAUUUUUUAGACCGAGUACUGCAACCACACAAGGUCAAAAGCCCACUUAGCCCAUGGUGCACACCAUGCUUUUUGUAAUGCAGACAGUUUUUUCACGGUGUUUCUUACGUAUUCAGCAGGAUUGAUGUGACUGCUUUUUGUCACGGCAACGACACGCGGCGAAUCUAAGAUGAAGGACGAGAUUUUCGCAAAUCUGACUUGAGAUUCGUGAUCUGAGUUCCUAAAAAUUCUACUAUACUAAAUUUGUCACGAAUCCGCUGAUUUUCAAAAAUCUUAUCUGCCAUCUUGGCUCCGCCACUUUGAAUUUUGCAAAUCUGACUUGAAAUUCUGACUAAAGUAUCUACUUUACCCAAAAUGAAAAGAUAUAGUAUAAAUGUACAUAUUAAUACUUUGAAUAAGGGGUCUCAGGCUAUUUUUAAAAUAAACUGCUCAUAUUAAUAAUUGUACAAGUUAAAAUCUUUCACUUUGCUGAUUUAUGAUUUCCAUUUCCUGAUUACCCGAGCCCUUAUACAAUAUACAUGUAUAUACAUACAUAAAACCUACAUGUGUUCACCAAGGAUAUGUUAUUGAUGUUUUAUGAUGACCUAUUUUUAUAUGAUUGAUUGUAGUGUAUGAUGAUAUUAUGUAUUAUUAAUGGCGGAUACGAAGUUUAGAUUCGUAUCAAUAAAUAUGAUGAUCUCUA